GCACUUGCUCUUAUUUUCUCUUAUUUUUUGUUGCAGCCGAAAUUAUUACUCAUUUAAAAUUUCUUUCCGCUUCCCACGGAAGAAGUUUAGUUUCCACGGCGCGUUAUUAUGAUUCCAAUGCAGCCUCCAGGGAGGACACCCCCCGUGAAAUUUGACAAAAUAAAAACAACGACGUUUGUUUUGGUUAGCUUUAAGGCGAUUUAAGAUUUGUGUUAGGGUUAGUGUGGUUUAGUCAUACUAUACUGUACUUGUUUUCCCGUAUUGGAGUAGGGCGUGUCUUGCCUGGAAACUGUGUGGGAAUGCCUAUAAAGGCGCGAUAGCGGGACACAUGGGUUGCGAUGUAUAUUCUGGAGCAGAAGAUACCGCUGAUGCACUAAUAAGCCAAAUUCCAAAUAAUUGAAGCGAGGUUUUUUUUUGUUUUUUUUUACGAGCAUAACGUUGGUUUCUCUUAGUUUCCCCCAAAAUGCCGACUGUGAAUAAUAAUUCUAUGAUUAUUACCUCACGGUUUGUAUGAUGUAAAAUUGACACAAGACACUUUACUUUUCAGAGCCAAAAGACGUCUACAAAUGGCCAAUGCCGACCAUCCACCUUCCAAAAUACCAGUGUCUGUGAAAAGCAAACAAUACGUGACUCUUGUCAGUACUAAAAGCUCCCGGACGGUUAAGGCCAACAUCACCACACCGAAAAAAGCUGCACCACUCACAGAGUUGGAAAAAUUGGACUCUCUGCGGUCAAAAUUGGAGCAGUCACUGGAUGCGUUCAUCAGGGCCAGGAAAGAGCUGGAGGAAAUAUGUCCAGCAGAGGGCAGCAACGAAAAGGAACAUCUACAGUCUGCAUCUACAAACAUGAAAGUUGAGCUCAUGCGGCACCGAAAACUGGCAUCCAGGAUAGAGACAUCCGUAAAGGGAAAUUCUGAGAAACAGAAUCCCAGCCAAGGUACUGUGAGGAUGGGUAGCUCCUAUGCAUUCCUAAAGCCUAUCAUGGAUUAAGGUUUUUGUUUUGCGAUGUAUCCCAGCAGCCGACAGCUAUUGGAAUUGCUCUUCAACCCGUGACGCACUUGUGUAUAUGAACUCGCUGAGGUGAAACUGGACGUGGAUGUUGAACGUGCGCUGUCAGUUGCGAGGCUAAGAUGUCUCGCGUGCCGUCAUUAGUUUGCCCAAGAAGAGUCUGCGAUGUACUGUAUAGCGGCGAAUUCAUCCGUCAUGUUUGCUGUGUCUAUCCUCUGCUAGCCAACUGACAAAUUUUUAUUUCACACAAGAACCCCAAUCCAGCAACUAUGUGCAAAUAAUGUUCUUUCGAUCAGCCAGUGUCAUCUCAAUUGUGGCUAAAGGUGUUGCAAUCCUGCCACCUCUGCAUUUUACUACCUUCAAAAAGUAAAAGUGUGUGGCAUGAUUGGGUGGGGGGCUGGGAGGGAGUCGAGGGGCGUUUCAGUGGUCUUACGACACAGUAGUCUCUUUAUUUGGCAGUGCCUGGGAAGGCCGAGGCCUCUCUGUGCACAAGUCGUCCCAAGUAACAGCUGCUGAUCACAGCAACAUUUCCUAUUUCUGCCUAAGGUGGAUCGUGUAACUCUCACUUUAUCACCCUUAGAGGCCACGUGAAGGACAAAGCCUGCACAGCCGUAAACAGAACUAAUGUUUUCAUUCAGCCCCCUUCAAAUGUCGUACGGGUUUCCGAUGGACUUCAAAAGUGGGAGUGAGAGUCGCAGUCACAAUGAGGGUUAGCAACCACAGUUCCUGACAAAACACUUUCUUGAUCUCUCAUAGGUGCAAAGUUUCAGUUGGGAGGAUAAAGGGAAGUACUCAAUGUACCGGCUUCUAAUCCUAAAUGACUGGCUCUUAAGUAGUGGUUGACCUUAUUUGUUACUGUGGAAACAAAUAUUUACUUUUGUUACUUUUUCAAGGGCUCUAAUGUUGAGUGUGACAGUCACAAGAUGAUUUGUUGCUUUCACAAAAUACAGUUCAAAUACUUCGCUAUUCCGGGUGCUGAAGGGAAUCUAAAGCCUCAUGCAAGUUUCUUUAGUUUGUAUAUUUAUUCCACUUUGGCUCAUCAGUUACCACAUAAAUUAUGCUUUGAUGGGAUUUCCUUUGUAUUUCUUGUAUGUCUUCUUAAA